AAAGUGCGGAAUUUAUUUGUUUAUGUUGCAGCAGAAGCCCUCCAAAACUAUUCCGAGAGAAAUUAAGCGCAAUUUUCCCCCGUUUUAGCGCAAAACCUUCCCUUUUGUUUGGAGUGGUAGUGGUGGUGGUGCCGCGCGCGCAGAAAAAAAACAAUGCGCCGAGUGAUCAAGACCAAAAAUCGUUGGACGGCGGCCCAGCUCGAGCUGCUGUGCGAUGUGUGGGAAAAGUACUACCCAUCGCUGAAGGUGGGCCGUGGCAAUGAGGAGAUCUACGCACUGAUGGUGCGCGAGCUGCAGGAGGAGGGGUUUCUCGACGCCACCGUAAAGGAUAUACGCGGCCGCAUACACAACCUCAGCGGCAAGUUUCGGAAGGAAGCGAACCGAGUGGCCAUGACCGGUGAACCCUCGCAAUGGUUGCUGUACAGCAAGAUAGAGAAAUUCUUCGAGUACGAGAUACCGGUCGAGUACAAGAGCGUGGAUCCGCCGGUUUACGACAUGUGCGAAUACCUUGACGUCAACAUCGAGAUGGCGGACACUAUUGCGUCGCAUCAGAGCAUCCAAGAGCGACAGGCACGCAGGCAGGCACCGGCGGAAGCACAUGCGAUCGAUGACGAAUUGAUGGACUUUGCGGAGCUGGAAGAGCUGAACGAAGAGCUGAACGAGGAGUCAGCCGAGAAGGAGGUACGCCCGGAACAGGAGGUGCUUGCUGAGGAGGUGGUGAUAGAGCAUGAAGAUGCAGCAAGCAUGGUAGCGGAAGAGCCGCCCAACGCUGCUAGCACAUCGAGCCAGCUGGACGAUAAACCGGCAACGGAACAGGACCCUCCGACCCGCACCGAAUCGAAGCAACCAGAGGCAGACAAAUCGAAUGACGAGUCCGACGAAUCGGCGGAUGAUACGGACGAUACCGACAGUGAUUCGUCGUUUGAUUUCGAACUGCCUGUUUCGUCGUCCUCGAAAAGCCCACAGCACAGCCAAGUCUUUCAUUUCAAUGGAUCCUAUCGGCAUGCCGCGAUGGAAAGCUUCUUGAGCCAACUGUACAGCAACCAACUGUACGCCGAUGUUAUGCUAAUUACGUGCAACGACGGUGUCACGUGCGUAAUGCCAGCCCAUCGUAUGGUGUUGGCCAACUUCAGUGAAUUCUUUUCCAGCAUUCUGGGUGCGCUAAAACCAAACACCAACGGUAGUCCGCUUACCGUGCUGCUGCAGCCCGACAUUUCCCAGCCGGUGAUGCAGCUGCUGCUACAGUUCAUGUACACCGGCAAGGUGUCGGUCACGCAGGAGCUGAUUGGCGAUUUCUUACGCUGCGGCCAGGUGCUACGGGUGCGGGGCGUUUGGAGCGAAGAAAAGGAAGGCUCGUCCGAUGUGGAGCGACCCGUCCGGACGGCACCGAGCAAACGGCAACCUGCGUCACACUCCGACAGCGAGGGAAGUGCGGUGGACGAAUUUGACCGCAGCACCGUUACAAGCGUGCCACAAGCGUCCGCCGCAUCAAACGCGUCGGAACCGAAGUCUGUCUCUUCGUCGACGCAAGAGUUUUCCGACGCCGACACGCUGACACCGCACGAGCGACCAACGCAAAAGAGACGCAACCGAAAGCUGAUCAAAAUCAUCAAGCGAAUGCGCUACAGCAGUGACGAUGAGCUGGAUGAGGUGGAAGUGUCGUCAAACGUUGGGUUCGAUUUGCUGCGGUCUGAUUCCGAGACGGAGGAAGGAGAUCGUGUCGCCAAGCGGGAUAAAGAGUUGGAGGGUAAAGGCGUGGCGGAGGAUAAGGAAGAAACAGAAGACGGCAAAAGCAUCGACGAUCGUGACACCUACGACGAUUACGAUGAUGACGAGGAGGAUGAAGAUGAUGAUGAUGAUGAUGAUGAGGAGGAUGACGAUUCGCAGAGAACGGAAGAUGAGAAGGAUGAGGACGAUGAUUUCGACGAGGAAAAGUCGCUCUACAUCGACACCGGAGACGACGAUAUGGACACGGAUUUCGAUGGCAACAGCAGCAUAGUGAAUGGAAAGCAAUCUGUGAGCAAUCCAUCCACGGCAAUAACGACCCCGGAACCAACAGCGGCACGGCUCCAAACGAUCUCAGCUAAUGAUGACAGCGUAGAUAGUACCAAUCCGACAAAGCGGCCCGCCAACAGCAACAACAACAACAAUGCGCGCAGCAGAAGCGAAUCACGUGAGGUCAGUGUGCACGAAGAAAGUACCCAGGCAAAUGAUGGACAGGAUCGGUUAGCACGGGAGCCGGUCGUAACGAUAAAAACGAAGGUGAAACUGCCGUUGCAAACAUCGGAAGUACGGCGUGCCCUUCAAACGAUACCUGCCUGCACGAGCGUACAGCAGCUGUCGCAAAAGCAACCGCACUCCCCGCCGGAACAGCCGUCUCAGUCGCAGCUGUCACCGUUGUCCGGCAGCAGUGAAAAACAAUCGACGAGCAGGAAACAGUUCGUACCGAGCCUUCGGCCAUGGUACGGUUGUAGGAUAUGCGGCAAGCGGUACCCAUUGUCCGAAGAGUGGCUGCAGCACGUCGUCUACCAGCACGCGAGCGACGAACGGCUCAUGAAUGGGGAAAACAAUCCGGAUGCAAGACCCAAAACGAUACUACGGUGUGAUCUGUGCGGCAAGUGUCUCAGCACGAAGUACGACUGGGUGCAGCACAUCGUGCGGAAACACACGGAACGGUAUCCGCACUUUCACGAGGAGCUAUCGAUGUCGGACGACUAGGGGAGGGGUGUGUUGUGAUCGGCCUCUGCCUGUACCACUAAUGGGGCUACAAGCUUUCGGUGACUUAUUGAUUUACCCAUAGUAGGAUAGUCAGUCCAUUUGGGGCUUGAACCCCAUGACAGGCAUGUUGUUAAGUCGUUGACGAGUUGACGACUGUAUCAUGAGACCCGCCAUCGGGUCGGUUACUUUCUUAUUUAAGUAAGCAGAAGGGCGCCGACGGUCUCACGGCGCCAAUCCGCGCUAUCCACCAUGGUGUACACACCAUCCUCCGAUUCGGUUAGAAUGUGUUUGUUUUUAACAAGCACUCGCAGAGAUACUAUAGAAUGUGUAUUUUAAAUUAAGUUUAAAGAUAGCGCUAUAACGAUGCUCCUGCUGGUGAUGCAAGCUGCUUGUUUGCGUAGAAAAAUGUCCGCCAUAGCAAGGGCCGGAAAAGCGGUGUACAAAUUAUGUAAGAAAGAAGUAAGAAGGGAAUAAAA